GCAAAUAAGACACGAAAAAUCUAUUCAAAGUGCACAUCGUCGUAAUUUCUAAUUGAGUGUCAAGUUUAAAGAUGAAAAUGAAAUUACUAAUACUGAUGGCUUUGCUGCAGACAAUAUCGCUGAUUAGAUUUCUAGGAGCUAGUUGCCCUGUGUACCUGACCAUUUCACCGAAUGGCAAAGCCCUGUAUGACUCCUCUCUGGAGGUCAAUUGGGGUCCCGAUUGCUAUGGACCACCGGAAUGGAUUGGCAUCUAUGGCCAGGAUCCAACCAUUUCCAACUUUCAGCCUGAGCUGUUAAUUCAUAGAUUGGCGAUUGUCAAUCGUACGGGAAAGAUAAUCACACCCCUUAAGUUGGGAAAGCUACACUUUCCGGGAGGCUGGAAUCGACAGGACACUGAUGAUCCUCCGGCCACGCGUUAUCCCGCAGGGAAGUGCCUGCCACACUAUGUGGCCAGUUACAAUGGCACCGAACUCCUCACCGUGGAUUGCCUAAAGAUUCAACCAAAUUGGAUGUCCCAGAACAAGGAUGUGAGUCGAAUGCCAUUGAAGAACAUGUUCCUGCCGGGAACUCAUGCCUCCGGAGCCGUUGUAAAUCGUACCAGCAAGUCGGUGCUCAUCAAGGAUUAUCUGCAGGCACAGCUUUUCGAUGUGUGGUCUCAGCUGGUCUUUGGCAUACGUUAUUUGGAUUUGAGUGUGGGUUACAAAGUCAUGGGCACCAAUGACGAUAGCGACAACUUCUGGCUGGUCAACGAGAAUAUGUAUCUCCAACCUCUGGUCGGAGUUCUGCGGGAUGUUCAUCACUUUGUCAAGAGAUCCGGUGAACUGGUGGUCCUUGAUUUUAGCAGCUUCCCUAUUGGAUUCUACAAGCAUCCGGAGCUCUACAGAUCGUUGUAUUAUCUUAUUCGUCGAGAGUUGGGCGAUGAGGCCUAUCAACGUAAUGUAAGCAUGGACGAGCAUUGCGCCAAUCGGAAUUUGCAGGACCUCCUAAGGCAGAACCGUCAUGUGAUCAUACUGUUUCCCACACAGGAGCUGCCACAUCCCGAGAAUGAAUCCAAUUUGAUUUGCCCCCCUUGGUUACGCUUUAGCACCAGCUUCAUGAAUAUAUCACAAACCUUGGACUACAUGCGUCUCCUGUUCAGCCGGAAGCCAGAGUCACCUGUCAAGGAUAUUCAGGAUGGCUGGAUAUUCAGUGCGGUGAGGAGCAUGGAGCAGAGCCUGAACUCCCACAAACUGCUGACGGCCAAGGAUCGGGCGGCGAUCCUAAAUCCAAAGGUUAACCAAUGGUUAAAGGGGCCAUGGGGCAAUAAUGCCAAUGUCGUGGCCAUGGAUUAUUUUAGCAACACAAAUCUUGUGGAUUUGGCCAUUCAAAUUAAUGCCCACAAGGCUUUUCUAAUGGCCAACGAAGAUUAUGUUAAUUUGGAAAUUUUGAAUUUGUGUUAA